GAGCGCACACCCUAUUGUUCAUAUUUCUUUUCUUCUUUUUCGAGAAAUAUCCGUCUGCCACGUUCACUGGUCUAUCCCCCUCCUAAAAGUAGAUUGUUGAGAUCAUGGGCAGCGUCUCCCCCUUCGAUCUUCCUUACGACGAGCUUCCCAACCCCAAGCAAGUGUGGGUGGGAAAGCCGGGUAGCUAUGAAGAAGGGCUUGGAAAGCUGGCCAUCCUGACCCCUGAAGUAGUGGCUAAAGCAGCGUCGACCGAAAUCAAAACCGGUCGAAGAGUUACGAUGGGAUGGGAAAUGACCAAGUUAAACUAUCCUAACCUAAACCGUCAACCAUGCCAGCACACGAUCGUCCCUCUCCUGGGCGGGGUGGCCUUUGAUGACAUUUAUACAAUGAAUCCUCAACAAAGUAGUCAGUGGGAUGGACUGCGACACUUCUCUCAAACCGUUCCAGGCCAGGCCGAGCGUCUGUUCUACGGCGGCAUGACAUCGGAGGAGAUCAAUGACCGUAGCAACGAUCGGAUUGGCAUGCAGCACUGGGCCCGAGAAGGUAUUGCAGGUCGCGGAGUGUUGAUUGACUACGCCUCAUGGGCGGAGAAGAAGGGAAUCACGUACACUACAUUUUCGACCCAUCAAGUGCGACUGUCGGAUAUCCUCGAAAUCGCUAAGGAGAGCAACAUCACUUUCCAGAAAGGCGAUAUCCUGUUUGUUCGUGUUGGCGUGACUAAGGAAUGGGACACCGUGAUGACAGAUGAGCAAAAAAAGCAAUAUUCUGACAACCCGAGCCCAGAACACGCUGGAGUCGAAGCCACCACAGACAUGCUCCGGUGGCUUUGGGACUCGGGAUUUGCUGCGAUUGCCAGCGACACCAUUAGCUGGGAGGUUUACCCUCCUCAAUCUGAUGUAUUCCUGCAUGAAUACGUACUCGCAGGAUGGGGAAUGCCAAUCGGCGAGUUAUUUGACCUAGAGGCAUUGGCACGCACCUGCCAGGAUCUCCAGCGAUGGAGCUUCUUUGUGUCAUCCGUACCUUUGAAUAUGCCCGGUGGUGUGUCGUCGCCACCAAAUAUCAUGGCUAUCUUCUAGACGACUGGCCUAUGCUAAGGUCUAGAAAGUACCAUCCGCAACAUCCUGUAUCGUACACACUGUAUGUACUCUACCAUCGAAAAUCAGGCC